AAUACAAGCCCGGCCUCGGCGCGCCGUGUGUGGUGACACGCUCAGCCGCUGCCACGCUAUUUAAACGCGGGCUAUGGAUCCAGGAACCCGCGCGAAUCAAUGAGAUCAAACGCGAGGGAGAUGCACCGUCAAUUACAAACACUUGGACAAGUCUAACUUUUUUUUUUCUUUUACAAAAACGCUUUCAAAAGCAACCUUAGCAACGCCCAAAUAAGAAGCCACCUCUAAACAAAAUAGUAUAUGUAUAAAGGGAGGGCGAAUAUAUAUAUGUAUAUAUAUUACAGACGCACAGGUUUACACCAGGUGAACUUUUUCUUUUUCGUCUUCUUCUUCUUCUUUUUUUUUUUUUUUUUUUUUAAAGAAAAACUAGUGACAUUGGAGAGAAGGACUCUUCCUUUCUAUCUUCUGGCGCGCCAGUGAAGGGGGUAUUCUAUUUUCUCAAAGAGCCCAAGGGGGCGCAGGGACCUUGGAGAGAAGAGUGGGGAGGAAAGAGAAAGAGUGGGUGGGGGGCACAGGGCGAGUCGGCGGCGAGCGCAAGCGCUUUCUUGCGGCACGAUGCCGUCUCUGCUGGUGCUCACUUUCUCCCCUUGCGUCCUCCUCGGCUGGGCGUUGCUGGCCGGCGGCACUGCUGGCGGUGGCUUUGGCGGCGGCGGCGGGGGCGCGGGCGUAGGCGGCGGACGCCAGGAGAGAGAGGCGCUGCCGCCGGAGAAGAUCGAGGUGCUGGUGUUACUGCCCCAGGAUAACUCGUACUUGUUCUCGCUGACCCGGGUGCGGCCGGCCAUCGAGUAUGCUCUGCGCAACGUGGAGGGCAACGGGACCGGGAGGCGGCUUUUGCCGCCCGGCACUCGCUUCCAGGUGGCCUACGAGGACUCCGACUGUGGCAACCGUGCGCUCUUCAGCUUGGUGGACCGCGUGGCAGCGGCGCGGGGCGCCAAGCCGGACCUUAUCCUGGGUCCGGUGUGCGAGUAUGCUGCAGCGCCAGUGGCCCGGCUUGCGUCGCACUGGGACCUGCCCAUGCUGUCGGCCGGGGCGCUGGCCGCCGGCUUCCAGCGCAAGGAUUCUGAGUACUCGCACCUCACGCGCGUGGCGCCCGCCUACGCCAAGAUGGGCGAGAUGAUGCUCGCCCUGUUCCGCCACCACCACUGGAGCAGCGCGGUGCUGGUCUACAGCGACGACAAGCUGGAGCGGAACUGCUACUUCACCCUCGAAGGGGUCCACAAGGUCUUCGAGGAGGAGGAUUUGCACACUUCCAUCUACAGUUUCGACGAGACCAAAGACUUGGACCUGGAAGACAUCGUGCGCAGUAUCCAGGCCAGUGAGAGAGUGGUGAUCAUGUGUGCGGGAAGUGAUACCAUCCGGAACAUCAUGCUGGAGGCUCACAGGCAUGGCAUGACCAGUGGAGACUACGCCUUCUUCAACAUUGAGCUCUUCAACAGCUCUUCCUAUGGAGAUGGCUCGUGGAAGAGAGGAGACAAACACGACUUUGAAGCUAAGCAAGCAUACUCAUCCCUCCAGACGGUCACUCUACUGAGGACAGUGAAGCCUGAGUUUGAGAAGUUUUCCAUGGAGGUGAAAAGUUCUGUUGAGAAACAAGGGCUCAAUGAAGAGGAUUAUGUUAACAUGUUUGUUGAAGGAUUCCACGAUGCCAUCCUCCUCUAUGUCUUGGCUCUACAUGAAGUACUCAGAGCUGGUUACAGCAAGAAGGAUGGAGGGAAAAUUAUCCAGCAGACAUGGAACAGAACUUUUGAAGGUAUCGCCGGGCAGGUGUCCAUAGAUGCCAACGGAGACCGAUACGGGGAUUUCUCUGUGAUCGCCAUGACUGACGUGGAGGCGGGCACCCAGGAGGUUAUUGGUGAUUACUUUGGAAAAGAAGGUCGUUUUGAAAUGCGGCCGAAUGUCAAAUAUCCUUGGGGACCCUUAAAACUGAGAAUAGAUGAAACCCGGAUUGUAGAGCACACAAACAGCUCUCCCUGCAAAUCAUCAGGUGGCCUAGAAGAAUCAGCAGUGACAGGAAUUGUUGUGGGGGCCUUACUAGGAGCUGGCUUGCUAAUGGCCUUCUACUUUUUCAGGAAGAAAUACAGAAUAACCAUUGAGAGGCGAAACCAGCAAGAAGAAAGUAAUCUUGGAAAACAUCGGGAGUUACGGGAAGAUUCCAUCAGAUCCCAUUUUUCAGUGGCUUAAGGGAAGGCUCCCCCUCCCCCGACACUUUUUUUUCUGCCUGAGAUUCUUUAAGGACAUAGAGGGGAGGAAAGAAAUCAAUGAAAUAGAAGGGGCGUUCUUGAAGAAUUCAUUAUUUUAAGCUGUUAGUCAUUUCAUUUUAAAAUUUCUUUAGAAGCUCAGGAACUAUUAUUAAUCACCAUCUGCCUCCAGGCCUUUCAUCUCAUGACAAACAAAUAUAAUCAUGAUAUCGUGUCACUCUGCUAAAUGUUCAUACUGUUUCAAGGGCAUAUGAUUAGGUUUAUGCUUUUAAAAUCUGAUGUCUCCAUAUCUUGAUGGCUUUUGGGAGCAUUUCACACAAGGGUAUAAAACACGAUUUACUUAAAUGAAAUGUUUUGUAGCUAGAAUAAAAUAUUUUUACAAGUAGAACAUUCUUGGAAAGAAUUCAACGCCCAAUAAGGGGAAAAUGUAAUGAAAAAAUCUCAAGGUUGGAAAUACUGCCUUACUCUCCCUAGAGCUGGAGGACAGAUGGUUGAAGAAUUCUCUGUCCAAUGUCUACAUUCAGGUUCUGACUUCAUAUCUUGAAAAAGGAUUUCCUCCCUGUCUUUUUCAGUGUCUCAUAAAAGCUACUCUGGAAAGUUGUAAAUAUUAGUGAGAGGUGGGAGGAUUUACAAAUGAAAAGCAAGUCUAAAAUGUUUUCGAUGUAAAAAAAAUCCUAUUUCACACUAACAUUUUAUUUUACAAGUAUUUUAAUCUUAUGUUUUGGUAUUAGAAAAAUUUGUCUAUUUUUUCAUUUUGAAGAUUAACUUUUGCUUAUAUUUUAAAAGCAUGGGUCAAGCGUACAACAAACCAAUGAUGAUGAAAAAUACUUCUCUUUUUCUCCCUGUUUCCCUCUUUCCUUUGGCCACAGCCAAAUGCUAAUUGCUGCUUUAAUUACAGAGAUGUGGAAAUGUAUUCAGAUGACAAACUUUCCAGGAAUACAUCAAAAUUUUAAGUCUUUGGCAUUUUUACUGUUUAACUGUUUUAAAUGCAAGUUAUUUUAGGGUGCCACUCCUUCCAAUUCUGGCCAAAUGAUGAGUUUCAAGAUCAAGAGUGAAAAGUUAUUAGAAUUAAACAGAUCUUUAUAAAGGAAGGCAGCCCUUUUCUCUCAAGAACAACUUUGUUGAGAGUUAACUUGACAGCAAGUACCGAAAUGACAAAUGUAAAACUUUUACACAUGGCAUUUGCCAAAAUUCCCAGUGACGAUUUUGGUUAACAGAGGGAACCUAAAUAUCUACUCUAUUCCCUCUCAGUUAACGCCACAGAACUUUGUAGUCGUCUAUGAAUAACGGUAAGAGUGGGUUAGGUGUGCAGAUAAGGAAUUUGGAUAAAGUUGAGUAAGUUUUUACUGGGUAUCUGCUUUGCACCCAGUAGUCUGCACAUGAGUUUAAAUGCAGGUCACCACUUUCACUUAUACUUUAUGGAGAAGAUAGACCGUGAGGGAGGAAGGGGAAGCUAUCAUGUCAGUGCACUGUCUUGGAAUUACAUAACUGGGAUCUUUCCUCAAUAACAUUUUGAGCAGCUGAAAAAUAGUUUAAAAAUUAUCUUAAUAUCUAUUAAAGGCCAUGUCUAUGCAGGAAACAGGAGAGUUUGAGCAAUCCCUUGGUGGUGAUGAAGGUGGUUCACACAAGUAACAGUGGAGGCAAAGGUAAGCGCAAGCUGCCUGUCCUAGAGCUGGCCCAUGUGUGUGUGCUUCCCUGGAGAAGUCUGCUUCUGUUGCUCCCACUUGAGUCACAGUUAACAGAUUAUUUCUCUGUGAGGCACAUUUCUCCUCUGUUGUUUAAAAAAUGAGAGCUGGGAGGCAGCUGAGAGGGUGUGAUAAAUUAAGUAUAAGCAAGUGAAACAACUCUGUUGUAGUUCUCUAUGCCGGAUGCAAAGGGAACAGUGUUGAAUUCCAAAAAGGAUAGAAGAGGGCAAGAAGCACAAACUCCAGAAAUUCUAGUGCAGGAAGAGUUUGAGAAGUAAAAUCCAGGAAAGCAAAGCACUGGACAGCUUGGGACUCCCCAGAGUGAAAAAGCAUGGAAGGACUGUAUCCACUUUAGUUACUUGAAUUGGAGAGCUUGUUUCUCUCUCAUUUUUACUUUUCAAUGAUGUUUUCUUUAUAUUUUAGAGAUAUUCAUUUUCUCUUGUGCUUGUAAAAAAACACUUACACUUCAAGUCUGUGUGCUUAUUACAGGGGGAAAAAUAAUCUACCUGGUUGCAGUCUUUGAGUAUAACCACAUCUAACCUUUUUAAAAUUUAUAUAGAAGUCCAUUAACGCUAACAUUUUUAGAACAAAUAUAUUCCAUUUUAACGUCAGGUAGAGGAAUAGUCCUAAACUUAAUAUGAUAGCUCUAGAUAAAGUCUAAGAUAAGUGAGAAUUUAGUAUUCUAAAAAUGGCAGAACAAAUCAUGAGGUUUCUGGAUGCCAUACCAAUGUAAAAUCAAUUCUCAUGUUAAGAUUGAUUGCUUAUUUACAUGUCAGUCAUCUACUUUUUCUUCCUUGAAAUCGGCAUAUGAAUUACAAAAACUCUGUUAAGUUUGGAAAAUUCCAUUAAGUUGGAAACAUUGGUUAAAAGUGCAGGUGCUUGGCCCAAGGUUAUCCUGGUUUCAGAUCUCAAGAUUAGUUUUGGGGAUUUAUGUUCCUAACUGCUAAGCCACAUCUUUGACAACUAGUGAUUUAUACUCUACUGGUAGUCCUUUGUCACAUAGUAAAAUAAAUAGGGUCUUAGUUCUUAAGUCAUCUUAUACAUUUUUACCCUGAAAUCUAGGGUGUUCAGAUUUCAAAAGUGAUACUUUAAAUACAGAUUUCGAAAUGUAUUUUCUCAUCCAAACUUCAGCUGACACUGUACAGGUCAACAUGUGUAGACACUUUUUGAUGUUGUCUUAUGGUCAUCAUCGUCUUCUUAGAUUUUUGGGUAGGGGUGCCAGGUAGGGGGAGACUCAGAAAUGAAAGCAUUCCCCAGAAAACUAUCUGGAAAGAAUUUUCUGUAUAGAGUCCAUCUCUCUCCCAAGACUGACCACAGGUUUCAUGAGGAAGCCCCUGAAAACAUCACAUUUCUCUGAAGAACCAUCAACUUGUCUUUUCCUGAACCACAGGCAUGGUUCCACAGGCCCUACUGUAAUUCUUUACAUUUCAGAGCCUGUGUUUAAUGGAGGGAAGAGAGAAAUGCAUGGAAUAAGAACACCUCCUUUUCUCCUUUCUCUUAAAUUCAAAGACGUUUGCUUGGAAUGCCCCCACUUCUCCCUAUUUACAGGCUUUUAGAAUCAUUAAUUUACUCAAGGCACCUGCGCCUUCUUUGCCCCAAAUGCACCACUUUCCUUUUAGUUAUGGGGGAUUUUGGGUGCCUGUGUGUAUGAUACGCAGUCAGCGAUGAGAUGAAGGCCAUUGCAUAGAUCUCAUGCAGAUAGUGAUGGAUUCAGAAAGUAGGUUCCAGUGGCAUUUUUACCUUCUUGUAAGCAAGUAUACAAUGGCUAUUCGUGGAAGUCUCUUUGGGAGACCAAAUAGAGUAUUAUGCCCCUGGGAGUGGUUUUAGACUGGAAAGAACAAGCACCUGUGUUUCUUGGGACACAAAGCACUCAGAUCCUGAGUGGAUGCAGACACAAGGGUAAAUGCCAGCCCAAAUUAGGCCCCUUGACCUAUGUACAUUUCAUGGGUUUCAUUUAAUCAUAACCCAUGGUUUGGGGCUACACGAGGAAGCUGGUAACGAGCUGAAUUUCUUAUUCGGUGGAAAAAACUGAAACUGUCUAAAAACACAGGAUAUGUUUUAGGGGCAAUUGUGAAAGCAGAGAGAAUGAGAUGAUGCUGUUCUGAGGGACCUGCUUCUUUUUCAGUUGUCUCUAGAACUGAAGAAUAAUCAAUAAUUUAGUCCCCCUUCAACAGUACUCAGCAAGGAGCUUGGGACAUACUGAGCAAGGAGAAUCAGAAGCUUGAUCUUCUAAAAGAAACAGAAGAGGGUAUCUUUGCCCACUGCCACUGUCUUUACUGCCCCUCUGCCCCCCACAUCCACAUCCAGCAUUGCUCCAAGGAUGCGUCAGCAUCUUGCCCAUGCAGGUAGAAAUUUGGGAGUAGGCCUCCAUACUUCCUCGGGGGAAGAAAGACAAACUAGUGCUGGUUCUAAGAAUGUAGCUGGCUUUUCAUCAGAACCCUUAUGCUAACUUGACCACACCUGCUCUCGGGGAAGUUCGAGCCUGCUAUGUGCAGAAACUCCAACAAGCCUGGCUUUGGUGUUCAGCACGCUGAUUCCAUAAAUGUCUCUUGCAGGCGUACCCCACAGCUAGACUGCAGGAUUUAAAUAACCUCCAAAAAGUGCUGGAUUGGAGCUUGUUCAAAUUUCUCAUUAACCACUAAUGUUAAUUCAUACCAAAUGCAAAGUAUUCUAAACCAGCUGAUGCUGUUAAUGUCACGUUUCAAGCUACUUCAAACGCACCGAAGAGGUUUCAAUGGGAGCCAAGUCUCGCGAGUAAAAAUCCAUUUUAUAAUAGCUCUGUGAUGUAUCAGGUGCAAGAUGAUUCGUAGGGGAGAGAUUUGAGCAAGUAGAAUUACGUGUUAGCAAAAAUGCUGCAUUGCUUUAUUCAUGUUUAAAGACCUACAUUUCUAUGCACAGGGAAUAAAGGGCCCACUUACCAAGUGUAAAUCACAACAUAGGCUACCACCAAAAUAUUUCUUCUUUGCUAGGAGAACAAAGCUGUCACAGUGUGUAAGAGUUGGACAAAGAUGGCUAAAAAAGAGGCAAAUUCAGGUUUUGAAACAGGGUGUCCUGUUUAUUGUUUAAUGCCAAGAUCUGAAAAUCUUCAGUGUCUUCUAAGAUGGCGAUGAAGUAGCCUGUCAAUAGCAUGCGACUGUUGUGAGUUUGUUUAUUGCAGACCUUUGUGAGGGGUCCUGGGAAUCUGAGUUUUGUUUCCUGUGCAUGGCUGAUAACUGAAACCAAGAGAACCUGGGAUAGACCCUGUGACAGAUCAAUUCUGUGACCUCUGUCUUCUGGCCACAUUAUUCAUUGUUCAUUUAAAUACAGGACUGCCAAACAGUACAAACCUAUCAUGAGUCUGGUAGAAACGUAAAAGUAAAAACUGCACAAGUUACAUACAGUUUAUUAUUCUAAUGUACAACUAUCUGCAUAUAAUGUGAUUUAAUUUAUUGUUGUUUUGUGUAGGAAAGGAGAACUAAUGACCGUGGAUAAAACCCCUGUUUUGUAUAAUAUAUUUUAUUUCUUGUGCAAACUUGUCAUUUAAAAUAUCUACUUCAUUUGGUGUUUGGAUAUAAAUGUGUACGUGUCCUUGUAAAUGUUUCUAUUAAGCAAGAAUGCCACAUACUCAGAAUAUAACAAUGUGUGCUCAUUAAACAAUACAUCCCACGGAAA